AGUGUCGUCUGCAAUAUCACUUGGAUCUAGCUCGCUCUGGAAGAGGCCGUUCUUCUCUGACCAAGUGGGCCUACUGGACUUAAUUGUUUGGUCUUUAUAGGAUUUAAUGAUGAAGACAUUCGCCUGCAUCGUCGUGCUGGCUAUGUGUUUUACUUGCACAAUACAACACAACAGAUACCCAGAGUGUUUGCGGAGCAGGAAUCCAAGUCUAAAUCACAUUAACUUUCUGGCCACUCUGGCUGGUAGGUACGGCAAAACUGAGUUCAGGGUAGGCAACGUGACCAUACCUACAAAAAGUACUCUUGAUAUAUAUCCAGUCACAACAGACAUCUUCAAAUGGCCCAAAGCAGGAACGUUAUUCGCCGAGGAACGCCUUGAUAAUGUUGUAGUUAGAAGAAGUCUCUACGCCACUGUUGAACAGGACAACGGGAAUACAAUCUAUUUUUAUCCUUACAACUUUACAACUGGGUUUACUGAUUUGAACACAAGUUUUGACAAGUCCCAGCUCAGUUGCUUAUUACCUACUGAUUUGGACUACACACACGAAUGUGAUAGAGUUGUUCAGCCGUCCACCACCCUUAAUAAGGCUUUUAAUUUCGUCUCAUGGCCAUACUGUUCUAAAGACAGGAAGAAUCCACCAGUGUACAGCGCUGUGUUGACAUGUGACACCAUCAAAGUCAGUUUUACAGAAGUAAGCCAACUCUCCUCGACUCCAGAGGACCAAAGACAAUAUUUCGUCUUGACCAAGACUCAAAAAGUCCCGCUACCAAAAUCCUACACAGGAAAUCAAAGAUACUUCAGAUGUCCCUGUAACUGAAGACAAUGACAUCUUACUUAACGAUAUAUAACGUAUACAUAUUUUUGUAUAAAUACUUACAGUGUGUGUAGCGCCAAAGUCAGUUUUCCUCCUUUGUUCCAUUCAGCGUUUGCAGCCCUCAUGACUUUCCAGCAUAAAAUCUGGUCCUGAUUAUGUUCUAAUAUCUUUAAUGUAAAGCUGUACAAACCAGAAGCAAUUGAUAAAAUAUAAGAUAGACAGCAUCUUUUGUCAGCCUUGCUAUUAUCAGAGAUUUGAAUGUCAUUUAUGCAUGACGCGUAGGACGUAAUCAUCUUCUUUUUUGAAGUAACGUUUGUACUAUAUAAGAUUUAGAGGACCAGUUCAGUAUCCACUCCUAUAUUUUCAUUUUUUCUUCCCUUGUCACUUAAGCGGAGUGUAUUGAGGUGCAGUGUCGAUCUUAGUAAUUAUUUUUUCCAUGUUAAACAGUUGUUUUUAUCGCUUAACCUAUACAAAAAUUGUUUAUACCUAUCGCAUUCAAUUGUUCAGUAAAUGAUCCCUAAUGAACUAAAAAAAAAAAUUAUUCAAGAAACAUAUACCCAAGAAACAGGCAAUAUGUUAUGAAUAAGAGCCGGGCCAACCUUAGGCAUAGGCAAGCUGAUUGGUCUCCUAGGGCCUUCGAUUGAUGGGAGCCUCGCACACGACCCUAUACAAAUAUUUCAGAGAAGAAAUGGUGAAACUUGUCCUCAAUGUUAUUGUUAGAAAUAACUAAAUUUUUUCUCUGUUUAUAUUUUAUUUUUGUUUUGGGGACAUCAGAUUCACUCCGACUAGAGUAUCCAAUUAUCUAAGGCCGGCCCUUGUGAGAGAUUGAUAGAUGUUGUAGAGACUAAAGUUCAUUCAUAAAAGAUUGAAAUGGAUGAUCUAACUAUUUCGAUACAUUGUACUGUUUAGUCUGAACGUUGCCAACUGUGAGAACUAUUAUUUUGGACUAAAUGUCAUCUUUAGCUUCACUUACUUUGUUGUUGGUUAUGAUUUCUUGUUCACUUCUACACCUAAAUAAAUGGUUUUUAUACAGUUAAA